AUGUGCAACUCGAUGAAAUGGAUUCGGUUGGUGUCGCUUAAGGUCAUGGUGUUCGUUUGGUGUGCUUGCAUUGACCGGAUUCCCCCUGCUGUCGUGCUUUCUCAAAGGGAUAUUAGUCUCCUUUCCACAUGCUAUCAAUUUUGCGUUUCAGUGAUUGAUGAGGCUGGCCAUUUUUUCGUCGGGUGUCCCUUCGCCAAAGACGUUUUGGUUUGGAUCUUCAACUGGUGCAACAUACCCUUUCAACAAUUCGAUUCAGUUGGUGAGCUUAUCUUGUAUGCGGCAUCUUGGGGGAAUUGCCCUAAAAACGUAAGAUCUUGCUUGCUAUUUUUUAUGGGUACCUUUGGUGUAUUUGGCGGGUUAGAAAUGAUAUAG